UGGGAAUUUCUCUGCCUCUUUCGUACUCGAAACCCUAACCCUAGGUCAAGCAGAGAUCUGCGUCUCUCCGUCGUCCUGAUUCAUUAUCAGGCACCACUUUUUAUCGGAUCUUUAUAAGAACCCCAAUUUCCCUUGCCUUUCGUGGGAUUUGUCUUUUGUUUUACGGGUAAAUCUUCGAUUCAAUCUCAGAUUCGAAAUAUGUCUCGGUGCUUUCCGUACCCACCACCGGGGUAUGCUUUGAGCAGCGCCAGAAAUGAUGCCUUGAUUGAAUCGAUUAAGGUUGGUUGAACCGAGGUCUUUGAUUAAUUUAUUCAUGAGCUUGAGUACUCAUCGAUCUAAAUUAAACGAGUUAUGGUGGUUUAUUCUGUACGGAUCAGGCGCGUAAAUUUCUAAAUAAAUCGUAAUAAUCCCAGUUUUGAUCCGUUGUUUGAUUUCCAACUACCCAUCCAAUUCUAAAAAUGUUUUUACCCGUGCACCGUGAUUUUUGGGUUGAGGUUCAGUCAGAUUUGUUGGAAAUUAUAUAAUGGUUUUUGUUAUCUGAAAUUUUCUUUUACAUUAUAUUGAUAAUUGGGUAUGGGGAUGUAAUAUAGGAAGUAAUUAUCUGGAGUGACUAAUUUUUCUUUACGCCAUUACGUGAUUUAUGUGAGUAUCAAGUUUGUCUGAAGUUUAGGUCUGCUACUGAAGUUUGUGGUGUCACUCUGCACUGAAACUAUCGUUUUAGUUGAAUAUAUUCUAGUGUUAAGAGUCUAAGGUAUCUUCAUAUUCUUUGGGAAGCUUUUGGGUACAUUGAUGCAUUGUACUCUAGAGUUUAGAGUAAGUUGUUGGGUGCAUUGAUGCAUCGUAUGGUAGAGUUUAGAGUAAUUGGUUAGGAAUUGGGUAUUCAUGAUUGGGAUAUAGAUGUGUGGAAGUGGGUAUUCAUGAUUGGGAUAUAGAUGUGUGGAAGUGGGUAUUCAAGAUUGUGAUAUAGAUGUGUUCUUUGGCUAUGGUGAUUUUUCUAGGUCAUGAAUCCAAAUAGAUUUCUUGCAUUGAUUAAUAAGUGGUUUUUCAUGCGCUAGCUUGAUCAAAUAUCAAGGUUAUAUGUAGCAUUAUCAGUAAAUAAGAACUUGAAACCGGUCAAGUUGUAUGCCAAACAUUAAUAAGUCAAAAUUAUGCUCUUUUCUGUUUAGUGAUGCAUGAUUCUCAAGGUCAAACUAUAUAUAUUUUAUUAACAUGUUUUUUUAGUUUCUAUGUGAUUAGUGUUGCAGUAUUUUUAUGCCUUUGACUUUAAAAUACACUAUUUUCGUUUUAUAGACCUUUUGAAAACAAAAUUACAAGCUGCUUGGUGCAGUUAAGCUCUUCCUUCUGGACUUAUUUCCUUAAAUUUGUUCUCAGAUAUGCUUUGACGAAAUUAUGUUCUCCAAGUCUUGUGUCUUUCAUUUUGGUUAUUUGCUUGCUUGCUUGGCCUAUUCUCCAAGAAUCCGUUUGUACUACCCUUUUUUAUUGUAAGAUAUCUGUUUGACUCUGAGAUGUCUUUUAGGGAGUUGUGGAAAGUAGUUAUCAAAUGUUAGGUUUGCAGCCACUGGUGUAGCUUGAGAUGUGUGAUCAUCUCUUGUGUGUUAUGUUUGGUUUGUACUGAUUGCAUAAGAAGUGAAAUUAUGCUGUGUAAAGUUCUCGGCCAUGUCGCAUCUGCUCUUCCCUGGCAUCAAUUUCUAAAAUUUUGUGAUUUUGGUGCUCUAAAGCUCCAAAAGCAUAAGGUUCAAGCUGAGGAACAGAGGAAGAAGGAGAAGAAAAGGGAGAAGAAAGAGAAGAAGAAAGACAAGAAAGAAAAAAAAGACAAGAGAAGUCAGAAUCAGGGCAAUUCUGAUAGUGUCUAUGGUAAUUUUGGUGAAAAAUUCGGUACAGAUGUUAAAGAAGGAAAAGAUGAUUCUGUACAAUUGGAACGGAGCAGUCUGACCGAGGAGCAUGCAGAACCUGUUUGCUUGCGUGGUCCAAGCUCGUCCUCUGAUAGCACCGAGAAUAGUAAUAAGAGGAAGAGGCUGCCCUCCCCUGUUGAUGUUAACCGUGGCCAUGGUAAGAUUAUCCGGAUAAGGCUGUCUACAAAGAAGCAAACCCAAUCUGAUUCUUCACCAAUCGAAGAGCAGAAUCAUUGCUCUACAUCUAGUAGGAUACAUGCCGCUCCCCAAAUAAAAAAUGUUACUUCUCUGGUUCAGAGAAGUGCAGGCUUUUGUUCCACAUCAGGGUCAAUCAGCAGUGUUAAGCAAUGCCUUGUUCUCAAGACUGGUGGAGAGCGGAUUCAUGUUGCCUCCAACCAUAAAAUGCCGCUUCCCCUGAAUCAGCCCCCCUUUGAAACCAAAGCAUUGUCUUCAGCCUCUAAGCAGAUCAAGAAUGUUGUGGAAUCUAAAGUGCUGCCUGCAGCCUCUAAUCCGAUCAUGGCUGCUUCUCCCUUUGGAACCAAAGCUUUGCCUGUAGCAAAUACAGUUUUGACUGCAACGCAUAAAGAGGGACUACUCUACCAGAAUCUAAUGGAGAACUGGGUUCCACCCCAAAUGUGCGGCAGUGCUGAUGAUAAUCGAGAUGAAGAUUGGCUCUUUGGUAGCAAGGGUAAAUUGGAGGUCUCUGAAAAGAAACUGGUGUGCAGAGAGGAUAGCAUACCCUGCUCCAACACUUCAUCGCUGUGGCCACGUGCACAAUACUUGCCGGAGGUUGACUUGUUUGCCCUGCCGUUCACGGUCCCUUUUUGAUUUUUAGUGAUGCUGAUAAAAAGAGAUCAAAUUGUAUUAUUUUUUUUUGCCCGAGGAUUUUUGUAGUGGUUUCUCUUUGGGCAAAUUGGAGACAACAAUGUAUUGGUGCCACAUUGAGAAUUUGUAACUGUAUAUAAAAUAUAAAUUUGUACUGUA